AUGAGUGACCUGGCAUGCAUUCCAGUGUCUGUCACGAAAGCCAUUAAAGUCGAAAAAGAGGCUUCUGGCUGUGAAGACGUCGAGGGCAAACACUCUUCUGAGAAUGAUUCGUUCACCGUGGGGCAGCCAAUGGCACACCCGCACCACAAGAAGUAUCAGUGCCGGUUCUGCCCUUUCUCCAGCUGUCAAAGUAGGGGCAUCAAGAGGCAUGAAAGAACGCACACAGGCGAGAAGCCCUUCAGCUGCCGCAUCUGCCACAGAGUGUUUGCACUGAAGAGUAACCUGCAGGUUCAUGAGAGAAUUCACACAGGUGAAAGGCCGUUCAGGUGCCAGACUUGCCAGAAGGCAUUUUCACACAAAAGUAGCCUGCAGGCUCACGUGAGGCUUCAUACGGGUGAAAGACCAUACAGGUGCGGAACAUGUGGGGCCGCGUUUAUCCGGCGGCGCCAGUUGAGGUGUCACGAGGGACUUCACGGUGGAGACCCACCAUUCCAUUGCACACAGUGUGGUGAAAAAUUUGUGCAGCAAGCUUAUUUAAAUGCUCAUCAGAAGGAGCAUCAUCUGUGAGGAACAUCCAUCAUGUAGUAAAGGGCAGUGCAGCUUGGCUUAUUUGUAGUGUCGUUUUACCCUGAUUGCUUCAUAAAUCAUCUAUGACCUGCCAGUACCGGCUGCCUUUUAACACUAUAAAAGUCAGAACUGCAAAGGGAACCAUCACUAACAGAGAACCAAUAAGUCACCAUUGUAACGAGCAUAUACCGUAUUUUCCCAUAUGUAAAUCACAUCUGUGCAUUAGUCACGCUGAACUAUAAGCGGCUGUUUACAUUCAAACAUUGGUAUAUAGGCCACACCUUUAUACAAGUCGCACCUUAUAUUUGUAUGACAAUAAUAAUAAUAUGUUUAUUCCCACGCUUAAUGGUGGAGCAAAGGGUAAGAACCUCAGUGGAGGCUUGACUAGCCCUUAGCACCAUACAUUGGUAAUUAGCAGCUAAAAAAAGUAUGGGUGGUUUCAUUUGAAAUCGAACACGCUUUUCGGGGUGGGUCUUUCAAUCUCUUUUGAAAAAAUAUAUGUAAUUGCCCUAUUUCUGGAAAGAACA